CCCUCACUAGAUCGGCCCUACGUUGUAGUUAUGCCUUGUGGCGCGAUCGCGAACAUCACGAGCAACGAAGACAGGAACGGCCGUGACGUGAUGUAAUAAAACGCAACAGAACAGAACGUUCAACGUAAUGACGAUAUCCAUCCUUGAGCACCACUGUUCGUUUAGUGCAAAUGGUGUCUAGGCGGACGGAAACUCCUCGAACCGUCUUGUAAAUGAGUGUCGUCGCGUGAGAUUGUAUGUGCGCGCGUAUGAUAUACACAUAUAUAUCUAUGUGUACGUAUCUAUACGUUAUGGUUCCGAUUCGGGGCUUUCGUACGCGCUCGAUGGUCGAGCAUCGUCGCGCACACAUCGCCGCACCUACGACAUCGGGCGGCGCCGCGAGAUCGGCGAGCAGCAAUAGCAGCAUUGCCACUCAUUAUUAACGACGACACGAGAUCGUCCCAUUCCCUUCCGUCAUCAUCGUUGUCGUCGCCGCUGUCGCCGCCGCAGCCGCGAGGAGGACACGGUGUAGCGGUCGACGGAAGCGGCCGGCGGACGCAGCGGUGGUGCCUCAGUGAUCAAUGAACUCUGGUUGACGCGUGUUGAGGCGUGCUGGCAGCCACCGGGGCACAUCACCGACGGCCCCGGUAAACAUGAUGACAUAAUACCGACAUUGAUUGUCCCUUUUAUGAAAAUACGCAUUAAACGAUUGUUCUGUAAAACAAACUAAAUUAAUCAUGAUGAAUGAUAUAGAAAGUUUUGGUAUGAAGGGGGCCGGCUCGAAAAUGCCUCACAGUCAUUCGACGCCAGCUGGUGUAGACGGAGGUAGUAGGACACCUCCUGCAACACCGCGAAAAGCUGGAAAGAUGCUGGCAGUUCGUGUACAGAUGUUGGAUGACUCUAUUACAAUGUUUCAAGUGCAGGCCAAAGCACUAGGUAGAGUGUUGUUUGAUCAAGUUUGUAAGCAAUUGCAUCUUUUAGAAGCGGAUUACUUUGGUCUUGAAUAUCAGGAACCAAAUUUUACAAAAUAUUGGUUGGAUUUAGAGAAACCAGUAUGCAGACAAGUUGGUUUAUCUCUUAUUGAUCCGUUAUUGAGGUUCUGUGUUAAAUUUUAUACACCAGAUCCUGCACAGCUCGAGGAGGAAUUUACAAGAUAUUUAUUCUGUCUACAAAUCAAACGGGAUUUAGCUCAAGGUUUAUUGCAAUGCAAUGAUAACACAGCAGCAUUGAUGGCUAGUUAUAUUGUACAAGCUGAAUGUGGGGAUUAUGUGAUAGAAGACUAUCCAGAUCAUACAUAUUUAUCAACAUACAAGUUUGUGCCUCAUCAGGAUCAAGAAUUAGAACGACGUAUUAUGGAGAAUCAUAAAAAACAUGCGGGUCAAUCUCCUGCAGAGGCAGAUCUCAAUCUUUUAGAAACUGCUCGACGUUGUGAAUUGUAUGGAAUGAAAAUGCAUCCAGCUAAAGAUCAUGAAAAUGUUCCACUAAAUCUCGCAGUAGCACAUAUGGGCAUUGUAGUCUUUCAAAAUUAUACUAAGAUAAAUACAUUUAGUUGGGCCAAAAUCAGAAAAAUCAGUUUUAAACGAAAACGUUUUUUAAUCAAAUUACAUCCUGAGGGCUAUGGAUAUUAUAAGGACACAGUCGAAUUUUUCUUUGAAGGACGUAAUGAGUGUAAAAACUUUUGGAAAAAAUGUGUAGAAAAUCAUGGUUUCUUCCGUUGUUCUGUAGUUAAGAGAGUUGUAAGACAGAAAACUAGAGUGCUUAGCCGUGGAUCAUCAUUUAGGUAUAGCGGCAAAACUCAAAAACAAAUUGUUGAAUUUGUUCGAGAUAAUUACGUAAAGAGGCAGACAUUUCAAAGGUCCAAUUCGUUCCGGCAGACUAGCGGUGGUAGGGCAUUGCAGGGCUCGGAGGGGGGAGGCUAUCGUGGGGCCACUCCAAGCAGCUCCCUUAUGGGCAGCUCCAGCAUCUCUGCCCACCCCCUCCUGCCCCUCGGCGAUCCUGCUCUGGCAACCCCAGCUCAGUCUCUGUCAUGCGGUUCGAUGACGCUGGAUUCUCCGACGACUGUGACGAGUGUCUCGAUGGGAGGGACGAUUCACCGUCGAGAAGACACAGCUACAUCGUUUCGGACGCUCACCUCUAUCGACGUCCAUUCGCCAGCCACCCCCAGCCAGGUCCCAGCACAGCGGCAGAUGCAUGCUACCAGCCAGCAACGGAUUUCAUCAACAGGUCGUAUCAGCCCCUCUAACAGCAGUCCUCCCGAAUUCCCACUACCACGACCUUUGCCCAGAUAUCCCUGGCAACGGUCGGCUAGUUGUCGCGAGUUGUACGCUUCUAGUUUUGAGGACUCCGGUAAAGCGCGGCCGCGGGACGAUAAAGUCACCGCGGAUCUUCCGUUAGAUCCAUUCCAGUUAGCCUCCCAGGGUGAACUAGAUAAUCCCAUAACACGUUACGACGAAAGUAAUCGUUCGUAUAGCGCCGCUAGUUCGAAAUUACCUUCUCUAGAUCACGAUUCUGUCCCCGAGCGUGUCUACAGCAGUUCCUACCCAGGAACGUCAUCGUUGUCUACUGAAUCGGGCCAUGAGGAAUCGGGUCCCGCUGGAGAUCUGUCACAUGACGAUCUCUCACACGAUUCUUACGAGCUUUUGGAACGCGAACAUGAAUUCGAGUAUCCGGAAUCGUAUUCUAGUCCGCACGACGAACCAAUAUCCGAUCAGAGCGACGAAGGAAUCGAGCACGAGAUGUUCCAAAUGGACUCCGAAACCGAUUCCUUUGUCAAACACAGAUCAUUAAAGCCUUCAGAGAAACAACAAUAUAGAUCCGCAUUUACUGAUCUCAAGAACUCUAAAAUCAAGUCCAUCGAUCGGUACUCAGCUGUAUCUAAAGUAGAUAACGAUUUCGUGAUCACCGAAUCUAGAAUACAACGGACAGGUACUCAAAUAGAACGCAAAUUUGAAACGAGACAUGCUAAUUCCGUGGAACAGCCACCCAAAACGGGUAUUCCGCAUCAGGAUUCCGUUAGAAAAGAUCCCGUGGUGAUGCAGGUACAGAAGCAAAAAAUGUCUGUCUUAAACGAAUUGAAGAACUUAAAGCCCAAGUAUAAGAUCACACACGUAGAUUCAGAAGUCUUGCGAGACGAAGGUAUCAUGCGUCCGAAAUCGCGAAUUGAUGACGAUCUAAGUCCGGUUGACGGAAGUAGAACAUUAGAUCAUAGCGCGAAAGGUAGGACGACUAGGGCGCGUAGUAUUGCUAGUCUAGACGAUCAUCCACCGCGGUUAUAUGUCGAGACAGGUAGUCUAGGUCGAGGUCAUAAAUCUAGAGAUAGGAAAUCGAGAGAUGCUGACGUUAAAGUCGAGAAAGUUUUGUCAAAGGAACGUAGAAGCAUUGAGAGGGAGGAGCGAAAACGGGACUACUCGAGAGAAUGCAGACGAAUGGAUAAGAGUGAUUCACGAGAACGUCGUUCAGUAGAUCGGCUCGAUUCGCGCGAGCGGAGAUCAGACAGUCACGGUCGUCGCAGUAUAGACCGGACCGAUAUGCGCGAGCUACGUAGAAGCAUCGAGCGGCUUGAUGUGCGCGAAAGGAGUUACGAGCACCUAGACUCAAGGGAAAAGAGUGCCUUUUAUUACAAUGAUUUCUAUGAAUCGCGCGGUAAGAGUGUCGAUCGUUUAGAUUCUCAAGGGCUGCGCAGCAGCAUGGAGCAUUUAAAGAGUCCUAAAGAGAAGAGCAAUCAUCGGCAUUUAGAGCGUCGGGAGAAAAGUAUCGAACGGAUCGAUUCUCGGGAAACGAGGAAGAGUAGAGCUGCUUCUAUCGAUUACGAUGCAAGGCAUACUUUAGAACGCUUUGAUUCCGACAAUAGAAGCCCAUUCGAGCGAUUGACUCCGAAAGAGCAACGGAGGAUGAGCAUAGAGAGACUCGAUUCUCAAAAGUUCGACUUCGAUCCACGAGCGAUCGAACGUUUGAAAUCUUUGGAACGUUAUGAACAAAGAGAACGAACCUAUGAGAGAAGGAUCGAAUCAAGAAGCGCUGAGCGAAAGAGUCUAGAGAAGCUAGAUUCUCGUGAGCGAAAAUACUUAGGACGCUUAGAAUCACGGGAGGGAAGGAGUCUCGAGUGCUUGGACUUCGACAGUGUAGACCGUAGAAAAAAUAUCGAAAGAAUGGAACAUAAAGAUCAAAAGAAGACCAGGAGCAAACUCGAGAAAAGCAAACUGGAAGAAAAACCGCGGGAACGUGAUGAUUGGAGGAGUUUGGAGAAAGCACGGAAAGACGACGAAAGACGAGAGCGCGAGCGGCAAGCUAAACUAUCUGUCGAAUCCCGUACGGAAACUGUGAUUGGCGUGCCGCAUGAGAUGGAAAAUUUGAAGUCAAAAACUGUGUUUGCCGAGUACGAGCCGAAGGUUGUUGGUGGUGUCGUGCUAGGUUUCGAAGAGACUGCAUUGCCCGGACAUGUGCCAGUGGAGCGUACGAAGAGCGAUCCAAAUCCGGCACGGCAAAGAUUAGGAUCCAGCAACAGCAAGAGGCACAUGCUGAUGCACCAGAAAUCCAUAGAUUUAACACCGGCCGACUCUGGCGAUGAAGAACCGUUUUCGGACAGUGCAACAAUACAGAAAAACAAUGUCGAUAUUCCAUAUACAUUGCAUAAGAGACAUGUUAUGAAUGGCACCGCAUCUGAUGAAAAAUCCGAAUCGGAUAGCAGUAAAACUUCGAGGAAUAUCAAGAGUCUCGCCAAAGAUUUACCGAAGUUACCACUGAAGAUGGUAACGGAUCUCCCAUAUUUCGAUUUAACUAAGCUUUCCUCGAUAGAAAAGGCCAGCAAUAAACUAUCUCCGGAUAAACCGAAGAGCGGCACAGUUACUUCCGCAAGACCAAAAUCGAUAUUAAGCCCCUCGGAUAAGCCGAAGAGUAUUUUAAGUCCUACAUCGAAACUUUCGCCUACAGAUCCAAAGAGCAUCGUUUGCAGUUUAUCGCCCAGUAAGAGAAGCCCUUUGAAAGUGAAAACUCAGUCUCCUGAAAAGUUCUCACAAAAGGGUGGCUCGUUAGAUAGAAACAAAGCCGAAGUUAUCAUCGAGGAUUACACAUGUAAGAAAUCUUCGAGUUUGGACAAAAAGCCUUCGAAAUUGUCGCCGGUGGAACCGAAUAUCACUAUUAUCUCGGCUAUCGAAAAACGUUCGCCCAAAAAGUCGCCGACUGAUCCUAACGUAACUAUCGUCUCUGUGAUACAGAAGAAGAAAUCUGUCGAUGGUGCGCCCAGAAGUCCCACCAGUAUUGCGAAAGCGGCGGAUGCCGUAAAAGCUGCUCUGAAUUUUGCCGAUAUCGUUAGCAUGGAAAUGAAGCAAAAUUUAGAACGCAAGGCGAAAAUUGAGAAAGAUAGUCUGAAAGCACCAGACGAUAGUUUAGAAAAGCAAGAUAGCAUUGAAAAGAUACCAUUACCCGAUAUUCCUGGCGAACAGGCUGAUGAGAAAACAAUAGGUGAUCAAGUCAGUAAUAUCGAACAGAUGAUGGUUAAAGAACGGGAUCGUUCCCCGAAACGAAUCGUCGAUGAAUUAUCUGACGAUGAUCAAAAAAGAGAUAACGUACAGUCUGUAAUAGCUCAAGUUCACAUACCAGCUACAUUGGAAAUCAAACCAGAGAAACCGCCGAUUCCGGAGAAACCCAAAACAUUAGAGAAGCCAAGUAUUCCCGAAAAAACAAAACGUAUUUUGGAGAGAAUAGAAUCGAAAUUUUCGGAAGUUAGUAAAAAUUCCGCUACACGAAUAUCGAGACCAAAGAUCAUUGAUACAGGAUUUGACGAUUUCGUGGAUCCAGUCGCCGAUUUGCCUUUGGACGAAGUGCCUGUGAAACCUACUCUAGAGUUGGAUAGUCUUAAAGUUCCUGAGUUCGUUCCUUUCAUGCUGAGACCGCACGCGGAACCGAUAAGAUCGAAAUCUUUAUCAUUGGCAGAAGAGAAGGCGCCGAUCGAUACCUUGCUCUCACCGGAAGUUGAAAAUAAACAUUUCGUGCAAGAUGUCUCUCCAAAGAGAAUGAGGAAGGUGAAGUCCGAACCGAAAAAGGAUUUUAAAAAACAAUCAAAAUCGUUAGAAGGCGACAAACCGCCACUGAAGAAGAGCACAUCGAAGGAGUCACGUUCGCCAUCGGUGAGUACAAAAAUCGACAAAUCCAAAUUGAAACUCGGUGAAAUGCCACAGGAGAUCAUAAUAAUAGAUUCGACUGAUGUGGCGCCAGAGAUAAGUAUUGUACAAAAAGGUAGAUCAAAAUCCGUAACUAGAUUAUCUGACAAGCCAUUUUCAACAUCAAAGGAGGAAAAAGAAGAAACGAAGACUCGCGCGAAAUCUGCGUCCGUCGACGAUGAAUUGAUUAAGGGCACGAUAAAAUCUGAGAAAUCGAGACCGAAGUCAUUGGGAAUAUCUAAAAGUUUGGGAAGUACGGAAAAGAAAGAUUCAGUAGAGAAAAUUUCGCCGAAGAGAAUCAAAGCUGCUGCCAAGGCAGCUGCCGAUAAAUCUGCUAUGGCAAAAGAAGCAAUGCCAAAACAGGAUACGAAAAUAGCACGUGGAAAAGUGGCUUUGAAAGUGGAAGCGACUAGCGAGGAAACUGCUGCUGAAUCAAAACAAUCUAAACAAGAGAAGGAUUCUAAGCCGUCUGUUAAACCUGAUGUAGUGAUUGAUCAGCCAAUGGAUAUUAAACGAGCAACGGAGUCCAAGGAAGUGAUUAAGGAAUCAGAUAAAGAGUCAAGCAAGGAACAAAUUAGUAUAAAGAAAAUAACGCUUGUACAGGAUUUAACUCAAUCUUCUUUAGUCUUACGGAAACCAGGACAGACACCUAUUCUGUUUGCUCGCGCACGUCUUGGUCUUUCGGAAGGUAGCGGGAUUGGCGCUCUUCAGCGUCAAGGCGCAACGCAGUCACCUACUGCUCAGCGGCGCGCGAAAUCUUUGGACGCCGCCGUAAUCUCCGUGCACAGACUACCGCCAGCGAACGCAUUCUCCAGCAAAGAUGACACAGUGGAUGUGUCGGAGAAUCUGGAGGAUCAAGAGAACGCUGCUCAAGGCGCAAGUACGGUAUCAAAAGUGCUUUCAGUUCAGAUGGAAGCCUCGCCGAAUCACAAAUCCGACAGUACCGAUCACACGACCGUGCCAGAGAUAUGUACGGAUUCUUUGUCUGUUACCGAGACUUCGACGCAGUAUCUAGAGUCGCCACUGACAGAAUGUAACGAGAUUGUUCCUUGUGUUGAUUUUUAUGAGGGACAAGAAGGCAGUCAAAUGCCUUUUGUGAGUUCCAUUAAUGGAAACAGAAUGCAAACGGUCAUAGAGAGCGCUAAAAUGGAGGAAGCAACAAAAUUCAUCGAUCAAAGUUCCGCCGAAUCCGGUGUUGAACAGGAAGCAUCUCAGGAGAGUUCCGAUGCAAAGGUUGACACAACAAAAGGUACUCAAUUGGAUCAAGAUCAAUCAACAAUCUCUACAGUCUUCGUAAAGAGCGCUAGCACAGAAGCUAUUUGUAGACAAACUGAAUCGCCGAGCGAAGUUUCUGAUGGAGAGACAAAUGCAAAAAUUAGCGAAACUGUAUCACCAAAAUCUUCUUCACCUCGUCCAUACGACUUUCAUGUCAGAGUUGAAGGUUCAAGAAGUCCGUCUGAGAGAGAUGAUGUACCUGAUGUUACUAUAAGUGCAGCUCGAGAGGACAUGUUUUUCUUCAAUUAUGAUCAGGAUGAUCCUCCAGAUAUGGUUAAGUCACCAAUACAAAUAUCCAUUGAAGAAUGUUCCGACGACGAUAUGAACCAGGAGGAGGAAGAGGAAGAAAUAGUAGAAGUACGAGUGGAGGACAUCGACGAACGAGAAGAAGAGGAAAAUAAACGAUUGGACUCUCUUGAUACGAGUGAGGAUACGCUCGAUGCGCUUGAUACGCAAGUGCAGACCCGAGGUGCGGAUAGCGAGUUAAGUUCACCGGACUAUGGUAUUGAUAAAAUGGAUGAGAAAACAUUGGUCGAAGUUGAAUUGACGCCGGAAUACCUGGAGAUGAAGAAAGAAGAUGAAGAAACGCCGGAAGAAUUACCGGAAGAUGAACCAGCGAAAGAGACUGUGGAGAUUGCAGAUUCCAAUCGUCUCUCCAUCGACAGAAAACUCAGACUGAGCACUGAACGUUCGAGAAGCGAAGAAACCAACACUUGGACACCAGACAGAGAAGACCCAGACUCUAGUUCAUGUUCUAUCGCUCGACCAUUAGGAAUCGGUCAAAUACAACCUAUAAUAGAUCGUCGGGAAAUCGCUAUGAUCGAAGACGCCCGUGACAAUGGUUCCUUGGAUGAUGACAGUAACGGCACGCAACCUCCUCCAAAGCAAGAAAUGAACGUCACGUGGAAAUCAUUCCCGCAAGGAAGCUCCGGUAGUUCCAGUCUCGAGGACGGCUGGGUGCCUCAGGACGAGAGCAACGCACAGCAAUCGCAAUCUGAGGACAGCAACGGUCAGAACGAGGAUAGUUUCCAAGAAGACCUAGCGGACUUUCCUGGCACCUUUAUCAUUGGUCCCGAAAUAUUAGCUAAUUAUGGCGCAUUUUCACUUUCACGUACGCUGUCGAGAAUAUCCGAACGAUCGACUACGUCAGAGCAAGACAGAAGCGACUUGGAGGACUCCUUUAAGCCCAGUUCGAGGUCGCCGAGUCUCGACGAUGAGUCUUUGAUGUCAAGCGAUCAUCAGCCAUCUCUAUCAUCGGAUCCUCCAUCUGGUACGGCGUUACCAUCCGUUUCUGAUGAUCGCAGAACAUCUUCCGAGCUGCCAGAUAUUCCUAUCGACGUGGUUAGUGCGCAUGAGGAUGACUCGAAAUCGCCGCGAACGACUAGGCGAUCACGAUUGCAGUUGCAAAGUUCCGAGGACUGGCCAUCGCCACCCAGUUCACCUGUUUUUGAAACACCGGUAGUGAGUCACGUGGAGACAUUUUAUAUGGAAAUCAAACCGGAGGAAGCCGUCAAGGUGACUGUUACAGACAGUACGGAGACGCCCGUUCAUGCGGAACAAGAUAGUGAUUCCAGUGACGAGAAUAGAACGUUGCAUGAUGAUCUACAUUCGACUCUGUUGGAGGAUGGACAAAGUUCGACGUCUGUGACAACAGCUGACGGUACAGUCAAAAUCGCGGUAAAACCGAAAUCGAAUUCAUAUAUAACUGGUUCGUCACAUAGUGAGGACACAUCGAUGGGCUUGUCUAUGUCCGAAUGGUCCAGCUCAAACAACACUGUGCGUCAGUUUUGUCAGUACUCUGGUACGAAAUCUGACGACAACUCGCUUGCGGAACUUGGCGCUUCGAUCUCAGACUGGUCAGGUAGCACAACGGUGAUACCACAACAAUACUACGCCACAGCCGUGGAUAAAAGUCAGAGUGACACCACGACAUCCGAGAGAAGUGCGACCAGCAUGAGACCAAACUCGAAAUGUCAAUCUGCAGAUACUUCCUCCCUUCCAUCUCCGCCAUCUCCGUCUUCACUACCGCUACCCGUGUCGCCACCACUGCCUUCUCCACCCGAGACAGUUACUUCCUCGUUUCUUCAUGAAGACGAAACCAUUGGUUCUACGACCAAACAGCACGAGACUUUACAGGCCAAGACUACUAUCGAGAAUGAUGACGAUCUACAUCAAUCUCAAACGCACGGUGACGAGUUCGAUGAGGCGCGACGUUUUAUUGAGAGCCAAUUCGAUGAACAUCAUCAUCUGCGCCGAUAUGAUGACGAACAGCAAAGCGUUUGUCCCCAAGAAUUCGCCGACACUUCGCCACCUCGUAUCACUCUUCGAAAUGAGUACGACGAGGCCAUCGACGAUGAUUUCCAAAUGAUUCCAGACGAAGAUACGAUCUGCGUUGAUGACACGGCGUUACCAAUUCCCGAAGAGGAUGAGGAGGAUCAAUUGUACGAUAAUGUGCCCGCAAUGAAGUAUUCUAGUAGCGAGAGAAUACGGAUGGAGGUCGGCCGGGGGGACAGUUCGGAAGAUAUGCACGAGAAAUAUGCCGAUCUCACGUUACAAUCGAGAAUACCGGACGAUUGGUUAUCUGAAGAACGAACACACGUCUCGGAGCGAGAGAAAUCAUCGACGAAAUCAACAGGCAAAUUCGAUCGCGGCUUCUCGGAACCGAGUCCACAUGAAGCAAGCAGGUAUCACGGCACGCGAUCCACUGAACGGCCUGUGAUGGUGCCGAUCCGAGCGAAGUCGACCCCAUAUUACUCUACCACGAGUCUGAGCGGCGAAUCGACUACAUCUAGUCCGCCUAUGCCAAUCAAGACGCAGAUCAGAACAAAGACGAUGCCUUGUUCGUCGAGCCGUAGUCCACAGAGCGAGGGUGACACCUCCUCGAGCAUGGAUAGCCCGGCGCACACGCCCGAUCGGGGUCAACGGGCAUUCCGCCGGAAACGACAGCAGAAUGCUAAGAGGCGACACCGCGUAGUAGUCGAUCUUGAGAUCAAGGAUGGCCAUAUAAUAUCCAGCACUGAUUCCAGUUUCGACGUGGCAACUAUACCGCCACCGCUGCUACCAGAAAGUCAGAAUCUAGACGUAGACGAUGACGAGGACGAUGAGAUGUCCCUCGAGACGAAGGAUGAACAUCAUCGACAGCAGCAGCGUUGAUGUAGCGUCAACGAUCGACACUAAACAGAAAUGCCCGAGGAAAAGAAAAAAUUGAGCACAAUCGGUCACACUCAUUCGGGGCUCAAAUUAGCAGAAUUUAUAGGCAA